ACACACACACACACACGCGCAUACACGCACUUAGAAGAGGCAGACAGGAAGACGGAGCAACAACACACACCCACAUUCAGCAUCCUUUCGGAGCAGCUUAGCAUCAGCAUCCAAGACUGUCCACCUCUGUCAGAUCGGCAGCAUGGCUGAGGGUUCGGGUGAAAUAUCGCUGGGAGAGGUUGAGAUGGCAUUUCGUAAAUUUGCAGUUCAUGGAGACACCAAAGCGACGGGGAAGGAAAUGAACGGGAAAAACUUUGUUAAGCUGUGUAAAGACUGUAAGGUCAUCGAUGGGAAAAAUGUCACCAGCACAGACGUAGACAUCAUCUUCAGCAAAGUCAAGGUUAAAUCAGCACGUAUUAUCACAUUUGAGCAGUUCACUCAAGCCAUGGGCGAACUGGCUACGAAACGUUUUAAAGGGAAGAGCCAGGAGGAGGCAGUGCAGCUCCUCUAUGGCCUCAUUGCUGGCAAAGAACCAACCAACAUUGGUGUCACUAAAGUGGCAAAAGCCUCAGCCGUGGAUAGGUUAACAGACACCAGCAAGUACACCGGGUCUCAUAAGGAGCGUUUUGAUGAAUCUGGAAAGGGAAAAGGCCGCGAGGGAAGGGCGGACAUCCCUGACACCAGUGGAUACGUCUCUGCAUACAAAGGCCAAGGCAGCUACGACAGCAAAGUAAAAGAGGACGAAUGAAUGGAUGAAAGGGGAGGAAUGCUUAAUGCAUGACAUAAUGUGUACGUCUGAAGUCUUCCUGCUUUAAUUUCGGCUGCUAGGUCUUGGCUUGCCUGCAAAAGCAAACCCCUGGCAAAAAUCUUGCUCAAUAACUGUAAUCUUUUUUUCACUUUUAUAUCUGCAAUUACUUUUCAAAUAUGCUGCUGUUAUAAAUUAUAAAUACCCUUUCGUUUGUUAUGACACUGGAUCUUUUCGCCAUGUAGCAACUUGUCUUUCUGUCCAAACAUGCUAGCUGCUACCUGUAAAAACACUGAUUUAGGUCUGAUGGAAUAUAACUGAUUUAAAUACAUACCUUGAAUGCAAGCCACUUUAAAACACAACUGUCAAAUGUGUAAAUUAGUUAAAUAUGCAAAACAAAAACAUUCCGUUGAAUAUAAAAAAACAGAGUUGUUAGGGGGUUUUACAGUACAUUCUGUCAUCAUGUUAGGGAUUUUUCACGUGGUAGCGAGCAGUAGGGCUGCACGAUUCUGACUAAAAUGAGAUUCGAUCACGAUUUUUUUAGCUUAAAAUCAAGAUCACAAUUUUCUCACAAUUCUGUAGAUAAAGGUUAAUAUGAGUAUGCUAUUAUUUUUUUUUUCUCAAAUAUAUGGUAAAACAACAAUAAAUAAUAUUAGGCUUGUGUGUAGGUUUGCUGUUAGAUAAAAUACUAAAACUUGUAUAGACAUGCGAUGGUGGAUUGAAUAGACUUUAAAUUUGUCCUGUUUGUUAAUUUACAGUAAAGUGAUGACAUCAGAAUACAAAUUUUCAUAAUUCUAAAGUUUAAAUAUUAUGUUUGAGAAAUAUGCUUGUCAUUUGUCAUGAACAACUAUAUUAGACAAUUUUUUUACUGGUAAAAUGAGACAUUUGUCAUUAUCAAAUUCCCUCUUGCAUUAUAUUCAAUAUUAUAGCUUCGAGAGCAGUUGUAAUGACACUGUAAAACAUUUAUUCUCGUGCACAACACUUUGUGUUUGCUAUGAAAGAAAAAACAUACCAAAUGCUUGUCGUAAUCAUAACUAAAAUGUAAUAUAUAGUUAAAUGAUGUGUGCAGUUUUUGUUUUUAAUUUCACCGAUGAGUGCAGCUAAUGUCAUGGCUGCCGUCACAAAAAUCAGUAUGCGAGAAGUACCUGUAUGACCUGCUUCUUCCAGCGAGAUUUUGAAGUGCGCAUCGUACAGUAUGGACGCUACGCUAUCCCAUUAUGCCCUGUGAGAGAAUUCAUAAACGGGAGUGAAGCGACGCAAUUCAACGUGUCGAUGACAAAAUGGCAGAUGUAGUACAUCCGAGUAUCAUUCAUACUGCUCACAUUCAUACUGUAUAGAACAUACUUUUCUAAUGGCCGAGUAGUUCAUUUAAAUUCAAAUGCACCUACUGAGUACUAGGCAUUUUCAGACGCAUCUCGUGUGACCCUUUUAAAACAAUUUGGAGGUGUCCACAUUGCUGAGCAACGUAUAUAAAACAGUUUGAAGACCUCCUUUAUGCUUCUCCCGUACUUUAAAAUAUAAUUGGCUGAAUCGCAGAGAUGCUGAAUUAAGACUGUGUGAGGGGGUCAAAUCGAGAUCACAAUCUUUUUUCGAUUAAUCGUGCAGCCCUAACAAGCUGUUGUUUUUUUUCCAUUUUGCCUUUUAUAAAAUGUGCAUAUAAUUUAUAAAUAUAAAUGAAACCAAAAAUUAUUUUUUAUAUUAUAUAUAAAAUAUUUCAUCCCAAAAUGAAUUAUUCAGUCUCACGUUGUUCCAAAAAUCUAUUAAACACACACACACAAAAAAGAUAUAUCUGAUUCUGCCAAAUGGUCAAUAUAUUAUUAUUGUGAUUUGCACAAAAAUAACAUCAUAUAGGUUUGAAACAAAUUGACAGACCGCAGCAAACAAUUUUGUGUUUAAGAAACAUCUAAUAGACAUCUAAACGUAGACAACUUGGCUAAAACAAGGCUAAACUUGGGCUGUCAGUGAAAAUCUAAUAGAUCUCUAAGAAUAGGCCAAAACAAAUAGAUUUGAUACACUUUUUUUGUGUUGGCUUCUCAUUCUUAGACAUCUAUUAGAUUUUCACUGACAGCCCAAAUUUAGCCAUGUUUUAGCCAAGAUGACCAUGUUUAGACAUCUGUUAGACAUCUUUUAAAAACAAAAAAUGCUUGCUUGGACUUUUCAUUUUUGGAAUGAAGUGUCAUUUUAACUGCUUCCUUCUUUCCACAGAGGUUUAUAUACAUAUGCUGGCUAUUUGCUGAGCUUUAUUGUGUGCUUGUUGAGCUUCUUAGCUUUGUUGCACCGAGAUCUCUAUCAGACUGAACUGAGUCAAAUAAAGUCCAAUAAUGAA